AUAAAAAAUGAUUUAUUUUAUUCAAUCCACAAUAUAGAUAAGAUUUUAUCUAUUUUGAGUUUACAUUAUCAUUAAGUCGUGGCGUAAUAAACUAUUAAUUCAGCAAAUUAAAUGCGCCUAUAAAAUAAACCUAUUUAUGAAUUAAGUAUAAUAAAUAAUAUUAUUUAAAAUAAUUAUGUAGUAUUUUAAAUAAAUGUCGAAACUAAUAAGAUAUAUUAAAAAUAAAUUCUAAUGACGGAGACUCCAAAAAAUAAAGUUUUGAAUCAGAAUAUUGGGAAGUCUUCACCAGCUCAUGUAGUGGAUGUAUAUGCUGGCCGUCCAGCACAAGGACAUAGUGGGAAUUUGACUGGUAAUCGAAGAAUUUUGAAAGAUUCAUCAGCUGAAAUAUUUAAUUAUAUGCAGAACUGGAAACUUUAUCAAGAUAGAGGAUGUGUUGUUAUUUCAAAUAUUUUCAAUUUGCGUUUAGAACUAACUGGAGUACGGUUCCCCGAUCGCUUAAGUGGUUUAGUCAAUGAAUUGAAAACAUUAUGUGAUAAAAUGGCAGAAGUUGUUAAAAAUUUAAAAAUUAAAUUGAAAAACCUCAUUGCAGUAUCAGUUUUAGAAAAAUCAAAUGCUACCCCACUAUUUAUAUCUUGGACAGCUGGACAUUUUUGUAAAGUAACUGAAGGUCUAGUUGAAGCUUACCAAAAAGAAUUAAAACUUCAUCAAAGUUUAUUACUUAGAAUAGCUGAUUGUACAGAUCCUAAUGUAUUAUUGUUUUACCUUUCUUGUUGGACAUAUCAACCAUACUUGGAUCACAGUAUUGAGAAACAAUUGCAUUGCAUGAUAAAAGAAACAAGACAUGUGUAGUAUAAUUUGAUUAUUUUUAUAUUUUUUAACAGUGAGAUAAUAUUUAUGUUAUAAUAUUUAAAAUGUAAUUAAUAAAUAUAAAAUGUUAACAAUUAAAUUAA